AUGCUCACCUUUCAUAAUGUCUGCUCAGCGCCCAGCUCCUUCCAGCUCCUGGGCAUACCAGGUCUGGAGUCCCUGCAAAUCUGGCUCUCGAUCCCCUUUGGCUCCAUGUACCUGGUGGCUGUGGUGGGGAACAUCACCAUCCUGGCCGUGGUAAGGGUGGAACGUAGCCUGCAUCAGCCCAUGUACUACUUCUUGUGCAUGCUGGCUAUUAUUGACCUGGUUCUUUCCACUUCUACUAUACCCAAGCUUCUGGGAAUCUUCUGGUUUGGUGCUGGCAACAUUGGCUUGGAUGCCUGCUUGAGCCAGAUGUUCCUUAUUCACUGCUUUGCCACUGUUGAGUCAGGCAUCUUCCUUGCCAUGGCUUUUGAUCGCUAUGUAGCCAUCUGCAACCCACUACGUCACACUACAGUGCUCACCCACUCAGUGGUGGGUCGUUUGGGGCUGGCUGCUCUCCUCCGAGGAGUUCUUUACAUCGGACCUCUACCUUUGAUGAUCCGCCUGCGGCUGCCUCUUUACAAAACUCAUAUCAUCUCCCACUCCUACUGUGAACACAUGGCUGUGGUCACCUUGGCAUGUGGCGACAGCAGAAUCAACAAUGUCUAUGGACUGACCAUUGGUUUUCUGGUAUUGAUCUUGGACUCUGUGGCUAUUGCUGCUUCCUAUGUGAUGAUUUUCAGGGCUGUGAUGGGGCUGGCCACCCCCGAGGCCAGGCUUAAAACCCUGGGGACAUGUGGUUCUCACAUUAGUGCCAUCCUGAUCUUCUAUGUUCCCAUUGCCGUCUCCUCCCUCAUUCACAGGUUUGGUCACCAAGUGCCUCCUCCAAUCCAUACCUUGCUGGCCAACUUUUAUCUCCUCAUUCCCCCAAUCCUCAAUCCUAUUGUGUAUUCUGUCCGGACUAAGCAGAUCCGAGAGAGGAUUUUUCAAAUCCUAAAGAUAGGAACUAAGAUGAAAUAA